AAUCAUGGCGGCUCUGGCGAGGUGUUCGUUUGGAAGGUUGCAGACAAAAUGUUCCUUGAUCUCGAGUUUAAGGUGUUCAAAUUUACCAAAACGCUCUCAGGUGGUUAAGCCAAUCCUAUCCCUUGGAAGCUUACAAGUGGCACAUAGGGCAUAUUGUAGCCCUGCUAAGGAAACUUCAGAUGAAGAUUUAAAAAACCAGCCAAUACGUUUUUCUACUUCAAGGGCACGGAGUAUAACAGUUGGUCAAACGCUAGGAGAAAGAAAAAAGAGCACAUCUAUGGUGACAGUCUAUGUGAGUCUUACAAUCAUGGUCAUAUUGACGUACAUUAUCUUCUUCCUGCCACCCUCUAAACAAGAUGAAGAAGUAUUGGAUGUUCUAAAUGCCAGCAUGGUGGCAAAUGAGCAGGACAAAGGACAGUGAUGUGUAAGACUAACAUGGCAGGAACAAUUUCAGAGCAAAAUGCCUGCAAUCCCUGGCAAAUAUGUUUCAAAGAAAGGUUCCCUUGGCAUUGGAAAUAUAAAUUUGUGGCAGAUAAGGUCACUCUCUGAGAAUUCCAUUCCAAUGUUCUUUUUUCAGAUGGUCUGGAAAAUAAGUCAUUAUUAACCUUAACCAGACUUGAAAUGUUCCUCUGGAUCAUGCAAGAGCCUCCAGGGCAUUUGAGAAUUUACACAAUAUGGAACAAUAAACAUAUUGAAACGUUGUUGUUUGUAGAGAGAGGUUUUCUUGUCUCUCCCGGCUGAUGUAAUACAUUUCAUUGUUGUCUAGUGUUGAGAAUUUGGUUUUACAUUUAUGCACCACUCCUAGUUGAUGGUUUUCUAAAUUUUCUUCACUUGUAUUGCUCAGCCAAAGAAAAGGUUGCUAUAAGAAUCCAAACACACCUGAGUGGAAUGGAUAGCUCAAGCUUAAAUUUGGUAGUAAUAAAUAAUGUGCUGUCAAA